UUGACACGUAGGUUUGAGCUAGGGCCAGAUUUUCAGUGUGUGGAUUGUAGUAGAGAUUUUUGGAGGCUGUGGGAGAGGGACGAGCGCUAUUUGGAGGAGAACCGCGUGUGAGGCCACCUUCGAUAAAAAUACACUUACAAACUGUUGGAAAUCACAUAAGGUUCACGUGUCGCUAUGACAACAGAAGCGGGCACUGAGACGGAGGUGAAGGAGAAAGCGGAGGAGUCAGCAGCUCAGCCCGACCAGAUCGACCAAUCAGAGAAGGCGCCCGAAGAGACCAAGGAAGUAGUCAUCGCCGAGGGAGACAAGAAGGAGAAGGAGGGCAAAGGGAUAUCCCGAUACCUGCCGUCAUGGCUCAAGAAGCAGAAGUCCCAAACCCAGACCUCACCCACUAAGGACGAUCCGACAUCAGAUGAGGCUGUUGGCAACGAGACAGAGCAGAAGGAGGGGGCACCCCCAGAAGUGAACGGACACGCCGAAGAGGAGGAAGAGGAGAAGGAGGAAGAGAAAGAGAAUUCAGAGCAAGUGAAUCAAAAGGAGGCAGAACUGAAAGCAGAUGUCAAGGAGGAGACUGAGACUGUGAGGGAAGAGAAAGUAGAGGAGGAGAAGAGCGAAGACAAGUGUGCAAAGGAGGAGACGAAGGCUGUCCCAGAAGGAGAGAAGACCGAAGAGCAGCAGAAGGAGCUAGUAAAAGAGACAUCAGAGGCUCCUGCUGAAGGGGAGAAGGAGACCCAGACCUCACUUUUCCAGUCCCCCCUUAAACUAGUGAGGAAGAACAAGAUGAAGCUGGUGGUGUGUCAUGUGACGCUCCUGGAUGGGACCGAUUAUACCUGUGAAGUGGAGAAACGAGUGAAAGGCCAGUACUUAUUCUUCAAAGUUUGUGAGCACCUCAAUCUGAUGGAAAAGGAUUACUUCGGCCUCACAUAUAUAGACAACCAUAACAAUAAGUGCUGGUUGGACCCCACUAAAGAAAUCAAGCGACAGAUCCGCAGCAACAACUGGCAGUUUUCUUUCAAUGUGAAGUUCUACCCUCCCGAUCCCUCACUGCUCACAGAAGAUCUUACAAGGUACCUGUUGUGUCUUCAGCUUCGUGAGGAUGUGGCCUGCGGUAAACUGCCCUGUUCCUUUGUCACACAUGCUCUGCUGGGGUCCUACACACUCCAGGCUGAACUUGGAGACUACGAGCCUGACCAGCCCAAGCCACUCGAUUACAUGAGUCAGCUGACAUUUGCGCCCAAUCAGAACAAAGAAAUGGAGGAGAAGAUUCUGGAGCUCCACAAGUCCCACAGGGGUAUGACACCUGCUCAGGCUGAUGCUCAAUUUCUAGAAAACGCCAAGAAGUUGUCCAUGUACGGCGUGGACCUGCACCAUGCUAAGGACUCUGAGGCAGUUGACAUCAUGUUAGGAGUGUGUGCCAAUGGACUCCUGGUUUACAAAGACAAACUCAGAAUAAACCGAUUUGCAUGGCCCAAAAUCCUGAAGAUUUCAUACAAGAGAAACAACUUCUACAUCAAGAUCAGACCAGGAGAGGCAGAGCAGUUUGAGAGCACAGUGGGCUUUAAGCUGCAGAACCAUCGGUCGGCCAAACGACUGUGGAAAGUCUGUGUGGAGAAUCACAGCUUCUUCAGGUUAAACGCACCAGAACCUCCAAACAAGGCACGGUUCCUGACUCUGGGCUCAAAAUUCAGAUACAGCGGCAGAACACAGGCUCAGACCAGAGUGGCUAGUUCCCUCAUAGACCGACCUGCGCCCAAUUUUGAACGCACCUCAUCUAAACGCAUCAGUCGCAGUCUCGAUGGAGCACCAGUGAUAAGCAUCACCGACACCAGCGCAGGAGAGAAUGGCCGUGAGCCUCAUCUAGAGCUUAACUCUGACUCCAAGGUGGAUUUGAGUCCUGGUGAUGAUGAGGCUGCUACCACCCAGUUACAUGGAGACAGUAAAGCUGCUCCUUCUCAGGACCAUGAUAAGACCCAGGAUGAGGUUCUGAAACACCAAGCUAGCAUUAGCCAGCUCAAGCGCUCCUUUAUGGAGGCCCCGCCCCCCUCUCCUCCUCAGCCCAACCUGUGGGAGAAACGCAUCACGUCCUCUCCUGCUACGAUACGCGUUCAGCCCCAGCCAGUGGUCACCGUGUCCCAAACAGAAACUUCUCCAGUCGAAAUCGUGACCCCUGAACCCAAAGAACCAGUUAAGACCGCUGAAGUUGAAAUUGAAGAAACCGUUGUUGUCCAAGAAGUUUCCAAGACCACCAAGCCUGUGAUCGUAACAGUUGAAAAAGUGCCGAGCGAGCCAGUGGUGAAGAUAGAAGAGGCCAUGACAGUAACUGAGGAAGAGAAAUCCUGUAAACGAGAAAGUGUAUCAUCUGAAAGCGAAAGUGAAGAAGAAGCAGAGUACCAUCCGAAUGUUAGCAUUUCUAUAUCUCAUACCCAAAUACCAGAGGAGAAAGAGGAAGAGAUAGAAGAGCAGGAGAAGCAAGUGAAAAACGACACACCAGCUGAUUUGCCCCCCAUCACGCAAGACACACCCCCAGCUGAGGUACAAGAAGUAGCAGAAGAGACCAAAGAUGUAGUUGAAUCCAAAGAAGAAGUAGUGGUGGUAGAGGAGAAACCAGCCGCAGAGCCUGAGAUGGAAGAAAGCACGGAUGACCCCAUGGUGACCCCUGAAGAAGCCCCCAACGGCCUCCCAUUGCCUGACGACGCUCCAGAUGCUACACUAGAAGAAGAGCCCAAAAUGAAUGGCCAGCCUGUGACUGUGGAGACAGUGGAGACAGAGCGCCACCCACAGGUUAUUUGUUGCACUGAGCCUCCGGUGGUAAAGACAGAGAUGGUGACUAUUUCAGACACGUUUGCAGCCCAGAAAACUGAGAUAGCCACAAAGGAAGUGCCCAUCGUUCACACGGAAACCAAGACCAUCACAUAUGAAGCCGCACAGUUGGAAGGAAAUGGCGAUGCCGAGCCCGGAGUGUUGAUGACUGCUCAGACAAUCACCUCUGAAUCGCUGUGUACCACAACAACCACACACAUUACCAAGACUCUAAAGGGUGGACUCUCAGAAACCAGGAUUGAGAAGCGCAUCGUCAUCACCGGGGACUGUGACAUUGACCACGAUGAGGCUCUAGCCCAGGCCAUAAAGGAGGCAAAAGAGCAGCAUCCUGACAUGUCUGUAACCCGAGUGGUGGUUCAUAAAGAGACUGAAUUGGCUGACGAGGAGGAUUGACUGACACAGAGCUGAAGUGGCCAUGGUGACCUUUGACCCACAACCACUCUGAGAAACCUUGACUGAGAAGGAGAGGACACAUCUAAACCUCUGAUUUCCAAAACAAAGAAAAAUAAUAUCCCCGCUGUCUCCGAGGGAACAAAAGAACCACUUUGUUAGCAUAACAUUUGUAGCAUGUUUUUAUUUUUUUAAUAGUGAGUUCUCUUUAACUGUUUAUUUUACAAAGAAAGAAGUUAGUGUGUCUUAUGUGUCACAGAAUGAAAAUCUAUAGGGAUGCACUGAUAAUCAAAGAAGAGAGUAGAUAUGAGGCUAACCUGGUAAAUUAUUGUACUGUUCGGCAGUACUACAACAUGGGACCUUUCUGAUGGAAGCUUGUUUGGGGGAAAUUCAUUGCCCUUUGUCACUACAUGUAAAUACAGAAUGUGUUUACCAAGCAGAGUGGUUACAGUUAACAGUUCACAGCUUUCAAUAGGACGUCAACACUUUUUUCUACUGUUUUUGUUUUGUUUUUCUAUAAAAAAAAAUUUUCAACCUCAUUCCUAAUGUGACAAGAAGGUACAGCUAUUUUAUAAAUUCUUUUAAAAUUGACAUAUUUGGAAAAUGUAUCCUAAUGAUAAAUAAACAUUGGUUUUAAAGCAUUUAACAUUUUUCAAAACAUUUUCAGAUGUGAUCAUUCAGUGUAUCCGUUUAUUACAUUUUGGCCAAAAAAGUGGGAGAUAGACCUGACUGGGAGAGAUAAGCUGUACACUUUUUUAAUUGGGAAAAUUAAAUGGGAGAUUGUUCAUGUAACACUUUAAUUCAGAUGAAAUAUAUAAAGCACUUAAUCUGCUUUAUCACAUUUAAACAAGAGUAGUGAACGUAACUUGCUUCAUAGAAUUCAUUUGUUUUAAAUGCAUUUAAAAUGUACUGUCUUGAUAUGUUUAGGUCUAGGCCUCCAUGACUAUUCCGUUCUGGUUAAGAAGAACAUUCAAUCACAGCUUUUAGUUUUAACUUUUGGUCUAAACUUAACAUUCAAAAUGGUUACAACAUGACUAAAAGGACACAGUGCCAUGUGAAGGGAUGUUCAGAUGUUUUUGUUGGUCAUAAUACUCAAAGCAGUUUGAGAAAUGCCACAGUGAAAUGUAACAACUUUGACUGGACUUGCAUUUAAUGUUUAUUUUGAGCCACCUGAAAUUUGACCACUGCUGACUGACUCAAAAUGUGGACUGAUUAAGUGGUUUUAUUUAUAACAUUCAUUGUAAUUAUUCAGGCUUUUACUGGGCACAUUAGCUUUGCUGUUACUACGCCGUUAAUGACAUUCCACACAAGCUUUAACCUCUAGUUACAAAGAGGCAAAACAGUAGAAAAUGAAUUUAAGAAGUUGAUGUUGGGCAGCUGUGGAGGAUCGCGCUUUUCCAAAAAUGUUUUGGUUUAAUUUUACUUUUGUCUUCUUUGUAAAACUAGUCUAGCUCUGACUGCUGGGCCAUGAUUUCAAUAUUGUCAAUUGUUUGAAGAAAACAUCCCAAGUUCCAGCCGUUGUAUUUCCUUUUCCAUGACAUUGUCUUUUCUUGGGCUUGGGCCUUACCACUGUUAGUCUGAUCACAGGAGCUUUGGGGUGUAUGGUUCUGGUUUUCAAAAAAUGAAUAGAUAUUUUGAUUAGUUUUUAUUGUGUACUUAAAAAGAACAUCUUUAAAAAUAUCCACAUAUUUUUUAUUAAAAUUUGAAUAACAUGAAUGAACAGGUGACAUACAGUGAAACCAAAUUUUCUCAAAAAUAUGUGGAAUAUAUUCAUAAAAAUGUAAUGGUAAAACCAGCCAUGUGCCCUAUUGUUUUCCUUUUAGCCAUUGGAUAAUUGCAGUAGAACUUUAUCUAGCAGUUUCAGUGUCUUGUGUCUCCCCACACACAUCCACAGAUUCCUUGUGUUACACUGUUUAAUAAUAAAGCAUUGUUAUAUUUUA